CCCCCCCCCCGGAGCGCGUGCACGCACGCGCACACUCCGUGACCCCUGUGGGCUAGAGCUCCGGAGGUAAGGCUCCGGAAGGUGGAGAGUCCGGGGAGGGCGCCUAGAAAGCUAGCCUUUCGAAGAGCGGGCGGACGGCAGGAGAUGGAGCCCGGGCGGCCGCGGCCCGUGCUGCGCUCAGUGAACUCGCGCGAGCCGUCCCAGGUCAUCUUCUGCAACCGCAGCCCGCGCGUUGUGCUGCCCGUGUGGCUUAACUUCGACGGCGAGCCGCAGCCCUACCCAACCAUGCAGCCGGGCACGGGCCGCCGCAUCCACAGUUACCGAGGUACGAGCCUGCCGUCCGCCUCCCGGGAGCUGGGGAUCGCCGUCACCCUUCCGGGGACGCACCCAGUCGAUGCUGCUAGUCACCUUUGGCUCUUCAGAGAUGCAGGGACACACGAUGGGCUUCUGGUUAACCAGACUGAAUUAUUUGUGCCGUCUCUGAAUGUUGAUGGACAGCCUGUUUUUGCCAACAUCACACUGCCAGUGUACACCUUGAAGGAACGAUGCCUCCAGGUCAUCCGGAGCCUCGUGAAGCCCGAGAACUACCGGAGACUGGACAUUGUCAGGUCACUCUACGAGGAUCUGGAGGACCACCCAAAUGUGCAGAAAGACCUGGCGCGUCUGACACAGGAGCACAUCGCCAGGCAGCCGCUGGAAGAGGAGACCGAGGAGGUUGAUAGGAAUUAGCAUUCCUGCACCUCAGCUUCUGCUGGUAUCAGUGAGUCUUGAUCUAGAUGGAGUACUGGCCAUUACUCUCAGCUUUACAAUGUUUCACUCUUGAGUAAAAUAGACUACUUCAUUUAAAGGAAAGGCUACUUUGCUAGGUUUUGCUGUGUUGAGGGACAAACAUCAGAAAGUGCCACUUCAUCCCUGCCUUUACUAGAAGUGCUCACCAGGAAAAAGUAGUUGUAUAUUUGCCUCCUAGUAAGUUAGGAAAGUUUAAGUGUAAGAGAAUUUGCAUAUGUAAUUCAGUAAGAAUUGCAGCAUACCCUUUCAUCACAGGAGAAAGCGGUGGCUUCCACAUUGAACUGAUGUGAUAUGGUUGGUAAAGUGUCCAGCUCCCAGUAUAAGGACACUGGGACUGAUGUCCCUGAGGCUGGGACCGGUCUUUCUCCUCUUAAGGCCCCAGUGCCACACCCAGUGGUGGCAAACCUAUAGCACAUGCACACAGGUUAUCAUUGGACAGCUCUAAAGGUCACCACCACUGUCCUAUCUUGUUCUGAGCCUAAAGUCAGUGUGUGUCAGUGAGCAAACGAGGAUGCUUGGUGGAAAGGGUUCAGAAGGUUAGCAUCCUCUUCUGUUCAGGAUAGGCUUUAACCUGUGAACAGCAAGCAUCUUAAAGAGAAUCAUUGUUUGCUGAAUGUGGUGGUGCAUGCCUGUGAUCCCAGCACUUGGGAGGUUGAGAAACAAUGAUUGCCUCAAAUUUGAGGCCACCCUGGACUACAUAGUGAGUUCAAGGCAGCCUGAACUAAAUAGCGAGACCUUGUCUCAAUAAAUAGAUAGAUAGAUAGAUAGAUAGAUAGAUAGAUAGAUAGAUAGAGGGAGAAAGAGAAUCAUUUUUAUAGAAAGCACUUUUUCUAAUUUUUUAAGUCUCUUUUCUUGGUCCACUCAUGUUGUAACACUGUUUUGUGUUUAUUUCUAAACCAGGAUUGGGUUUCCACACUUACUGUGAUAAUAGUACUUUUAUAAUUUGACAUCUACACAAAAAAUAGCAGAAAAGAUCCAUCCUUUAAUUCUAGUGUGAAAUAGCUGUGCUGUAAACAAGUCAUCAGAUGUGGGUAUGUCAAUUCUUUCUGUAAAUCUAUGGCAUUCCAUUUCGUUCAGCAUCUUUAUCUGCAGGACCUGGUCACUGUAUCUGGCUGGAAGAGAGACCAAAGUCCUCCACCUCAGGCCAGUUCCUCCUAACAGUUUGUCCUGGAGUAGCCUAGAAUGUUGUAGUUUUGUGAAUGUACAGAUCCUUUCUUACAGGCUAGACAUAAAGUCACUAACUCAAAUUUAAUACUUCUAUCAGACUUACUUUUUUGUAACUAAUAGUGUUUUUUAAAAAAAAAAUCCUCCUAGCAGAGAAAAAUUUAGAAAGACAGAAAAGUAGGCUGAGGCAGGAGAAUUGCUGGGAGUUUGGGGUCAGCCUAAGCUACAUAAUGAGUACAAAGCCAACCUGAACUACAUACCGAUAGCAAGACCCUGUCUCCAAAAAAAAAGAUCACUGUAGAUGGCAUCACUUAAAUACAAUCACUAUUAACCUUUGAACUAUUUUCUUUUAACCUUUUACAGGACAUGUUUUGGUUGGUUAGUUUUAACAGUUAAGAUCAUGCAAUGUGUACACUUUUAUAUUUUACUUUUUCAUUUCAGUUUAUAACUUAAAUAUCUUCCCUUGUUAUUAUAAGCUUUUCAUAAGCAUUGGUAUAAUCUUUCACAGGAGUGAUGGAGGUGUGUCUCUGUGUUACUGAUUCCAUGGGGCACAGCCCUGUACCCUCAGAUCAUAGUGUAGUAAAUGAAGCAGACCUUGUUGUUUCCCUCCUGCCCUCAGCCCACCUACUCAGUUCCUCCUUUCAGUAGUCAGCAGAUUAGGUGCUCUUUACAAGUAUGUUGUAUAGUUCUCAUGUAAUGAUGUGUGUCUAGAUUUUAAUUUUUUUGUUGAGAUUGCUGGGGAGACAGUGACAGAGAUCAUCUUGUUAAAUACAAAAUUUGAAACACUGUUUUCUGUGUUGUCCAAGAAAGACUGAAAAUUUAUAGCGUGAAAAAUGUAUGUUUUUAAUUUGUAAUCCUGUGAAUGUAUUAAAUGUAUUGUUCUUAAGAGACUGAUAUUUCCUAUUUUGAAUUUUUUCUUUAAAAAAACCUGUAUAUUAAAUGGUGCUGAGUAAAGGAAA